UUUUUUUACCAACCUUGCCUACUAGGAAAGAGCAAGAAAAUGCAAAAGGGAAAGAAAGGGGAGCGAGUAUGUUCGAAAUCGUGCUAAUUUCGAUGCUAUUUUUUUUGGUAGUAUAGGGAGUUGACUGACGUCAACAAUACUAACAAGUAUCCAAAACAAAACCCGGAAAAGAUUCGCAGAAGACCGCCCGCCGCCAACUGAAUGCAGAUAUGCCGCCAUCCCUUCCCCCCCUUUCCACGCUAUGCAAAGCUCAAAACCAACCAAAAUCCAAGCCCAAAGCAGAAGCAGAAGCAGAUGUCCUUAUGCCUUCUUCCAUGCUUCGCUCUGUUUCUUACAUAUGUAUGUAUGUAUGUGUGUAUGUAUGCAUGUGUAUGUGUAUGUGAAUGUGUGUGCUGUUUGCCGUUUCGUCGUCUGUGUUUGAUCUCGUUUUUUACGCCCGUGCCGUUCGUCCCAUUUGUCCUCCUUUCUCGCGCCCUCUCUCACUACCGCCUCUUUCCUAACCUCUUCCUUCCUCCAGCCCCUCACGGCUGGGACAGCGCAGCUCCGAGCAGCAAGUGCAGGCCCCUUCGGCGAUCAGUGCAUGAUUGACGGCGCAUUCAAGCGAGCCAGCUCUCCUCCUUCCUCGCAGGCGUCACAUCUCCCAUUGCUGUCCCCGAGCCAACGCCACCACCCAUCGUCAACCCCUCUUCCUCGUCCUCCUCAUCAUCCUCAUCCUUCUCCUCCUCCCCUCCUUGAAUCUCCCC